AUGGAGAUCGCUGUUUCAGCCCAGUAUUUCUUCAUGUCCUCCCUAGCCGAUUUUGCCGUAGUCUUUCUUAGCUCGGUUGGACACUUUUUCUUGACAAAUACUCCGGGUGACUGUAUGGACGUUGACGAAGUCGAAAAAGAGGCUAUUGAAAACGAGGAUCCAGACAAACGAAUUUCAAUUAUGGCUGCUGACAAGGCGACCCAUGGUGACAACGAAUUCUAUGAUAGCGCUGAGGAAGAUGGUAUUGGCCUCCAUGCCCAGCAUUCGUCCACUAAGCCUAACAAGGAUGCUCAGAGUUACAAAAAUCUGCCAAAACGUGCCCGAACUGAGGAUAAAGACGUGCCGGUAGGAACUAAAGAUGCCACAGUAACUGAUGCACCCCCUAAGGAAACCGAAGCUUCCGAAUCCGGUGACAAGGAGGAUUUGGAUCAUGCCGCCAAACCUGCCGCCACAAAGCCAACUUGA